AUGACCGCUUCAAAAUCUGCGAAGGCAAAGGGCCCGGCGAUCAAGGUCACACCAGCUACACCUCUACUGAAAAAGGCAUCAACUGGCAAAAACUAUGAUGGAACGAAACGAGUUACGUCUCAAUCAACCCUUGUAGGCGACAAUGCAUCUAUUUCUUCGAGUGGAGAGAGCUUCUGGGACAAGGUCGAGGAAGAUGUCGACAGCUACUUUAUUGGUCCACGUGACCUGGACGACUACUCAAAUCUCCCAUAUUUCAUGAGAGUCAAGAGUAGUGUUCUACCGAAGAUGAUUCUCCCAAUCUUCUUUGUUGGGGUUUGGUCCACAGUUGUUACUUGCGUUUCGAUGCUCUACCAAGAUCUUGCUAUUUCCUCCCUGCUUCUCAAUAUUCUUGGUUUUGUCGUUGCUUUGGCUCUUUCCUUCCGUAGUAGUACAGCAUAUGAGAGAUAUGUUGACGGAAGAAAGGCCUGGACAGCCUUGACUCUUCAAUCUCGCAACAUGGCUCGAGUGAUCUGGCUACACACAGAAGAACGCGAAGGUGAACAGGGUAAAGAAGACAUUCUUUCUAAACUGACUGCUAUCAACCUUAUUCUCUCUUUUGCAGUUGCACUGAAGCAUCACCUUCGUUUUGAACCUUACACCAAGUAUGAAGAUAUGAAGGAUCUUAUCAGCAACCUGAAAACUUUUGCUCACGAAGCGUUCAACGAUGAUGACCCAAUUGAGGAAAUAAAGUCUUCCUGGAAGUUAAUUGGACAGUUUCUUGGUAUCUCAUUCGCCCUGUCUAACCCAAGAAGAUUGCUCAACCGCUCAAAGAAACCAAUUGGAAACUUACCCCUGGAGAUUUUGAACCAUCUGUCCGUAUGGGCCCAGGCUUCCAUCAAGAGCGGUCUCCUCGAGUUUCCAACGGCUCAAUCUACCGUCCUUGAUGGUAUCUCCGCCUUGACGGGAUGUAUGGGCGAGUCAGAACGAGUUUUGCACACUCCUCUUCCAAUGGCAUACACUAUUGCCUUUUCGCAGAUCACCAUGAUUUACGUCUACAUCCUGCCCUUCCAACUCCUCGAUACUCUUGGCUGGGUCACAAUCCCAGGUACUAUGAUUGCGGCCUACAUCAUCUUGGGUAUCUCAAAGAUUGGUAAUGAAUUGGAGAACCCCUUCGGACUCGACGUCAACGACCUGCCACUGGAUUCUUUCUGCCAGGAGUUAGCAGCAGAGUUGAACAUGAUUACUAGCACUCCGCCACCAGUUGUUAACGAUUUUGUUGUUACGGAUACGAACAAGGUGCUCCAUCCAAUCUCCAAGAGCGGAUAUAAUGACUGGACAAAACGGAGUGUCAGUGAUAUUCGCGGUGCACUCAAGGCGAAGAGCAUGGUCUCGGGUAGAAAGACUCCAAAGCAGCAUUUGGGGCCUAAUGGCGUCUAA